CACGCAAUAAGCUAAAAUGUGAAGGUUAAGCUUUUUUCUCCUUCGCGUGGCUUUAAAAAGACUUCUUCAUUCUUUCCUCAUUAAAUCACUUCCUAGUUCCACCAAAUAUUCCUACAAACACAACCAUUCCUCCUUUUAAUUUCCUUCAUAGUCUAAUAUGUCAAAACCCUAGUUUUUUUUUUAACCUACUUAUUACACCCCUAAAGAACUACACAUAUACUAUAAAAAUUAUAUAAAAAAAAAAAACUAAAAAAAAAUAUUAUAAUUACCAAUUUAUCCAUAAGAUGAGUCUAACCUCUAGUGGCGGCGGCGGCGGCAGCGGCAGCGGUAGCCCUUGUGGAGCUUGCAAGUUUUUGAGGAGAAAGUGUGUUCAAGGUUGUAUUUUUGCUCCAUACUUUGAUGCUGAGCAUGGUACAACACACUUUGCGGCUGUUCACAAAGUGUUUGGGGCUAGUAAUGUAUCAAAACUUUUACUUGGAAUUCCAAUUAAUAAAAGGCUUGAUGCUGCAAUCUCUCUUUGUUAUGAAGCACAAACAAGGUUGAGAGAUCCUGUCUAUGGAUGUGUUGGUCACAUCUUUACCCUUCAACAACAGGUGAUGAGUUUACAAGCUGAAAUCAACUACUUACAAAGCCACCUUACUUCAACAGAGUUAACCCAACCACUACUUCUACCACCACCACAGGCGGCAACGGCACCAGCGGUGUUCUCGUUAGCUGACCUACCAUCGGCCACCGCGGCAACUAUGCCGGUCACCUAUGACAUGUCUACACUUUUUGAUCCACUGGGCCAACCUUCCCUGCCCAUGCAACAACAGAGGCCCAAUAUUGACCCACGUCAAUAUUUAGCUGCUCAUGGCCCAACAUCAACCACUAAUGCUGGACAACAUGGGUCUUCCUCUGUGCCAUCCUCCGAUGCUUCAUCAUCUCUUUCGCUUUCCAAAUUUUCCAAAUGAUGACCAAACAUUUUAUGAAUUCAAUCAAUUAAUAAUAUCUUUUUCUUUUUUGUUCCUUUGGUUGGACAUGGGAUAUAUAUUAGCAAGGGAUUUAAAAUUUUCUAAGCAAAAAAAAAAAAAAAUCAGUAAUAGACCUAUUAAUUAUAUUGUAUUAAUCGUGGUUAUAUCAUUAUAUUUCCUCCUUUCUUUUUC